CGCCAAUCGAUCGCAUCACCGGCUGCAUUUGCAAAUGCUCGACCAAGCAUGCACAUGCACCGUCACUCGACCUUCGGCCCUGGAAGCUUCUCUCACCAUGGUGUAUCGCCUUCUGGUACAUGGUCUCCUGGCGGCUACUUCGGCUCUCAAGACGGACGUGGUGGUUCGCCAGCGCUACCUGCCUUGCCACCAAGCAGACCUGAUCUUGCCGGCAUUGCCUCCCUACACUCUCCGUUCGGCAGGAGAGCGAGCCAGCAGUUUCCUCAUUCUCCAUUGGCGCAGGACGACCUCAUGGUCCAGAUGCAAAUGCAGCAACAACAAUUGCAGGCGCAGAUGUUCCAACAGCAACAGCAGCAGCUUAUGGGUCUGCGACCAUCAUCUACACUUGCAGAGGUACCGGAAGAUGAGUCGGAGGAGGAGGCGCUGCCUCCGCUGAAGAAUGCCACCAAGCCCGCACCGGAGAUUGCUCACCCAACUCCUCGCAAUCAUCGUCACAACCUUAGUAAGAACAUGGAGCGCGAAGCUGCCGAUGCUGAGUAUCAUCUGGAAGAGGCGAUCGAUAAGCAAUUUGCUGAAGGGGGUGACUUCAACACCGAACCCGAGAUCACUGGACAGCGUAACAACGUUACUAACAAUGCAUGGGAGAAUUCCCGCCCUAUUCUGCACCAGCCUCAGCCGCACAACAGAGCGCACUCACUCACAAAACCUCAGCAACAAGUGCCUUUUGCAUUCCCUGCGCAGCAAUCGCACAACCCCCGCGACGACAGUAAUGGAGCCAGGACCAACCUGUCAGAGAACACAAACCCCAGCUUGGAGGAUGGAGAGAUCCGCUCGAACCAACACUCUCAGGCACCUUCGCAGGCCAGCAACCCGUGGAAAGAUUCAAAGUUUGCAUACAACAAGCCUGCUUCGGCUACACACAGCAAGCAUGCUUCCAAGUCAUCACUCUCGAAGCUCAACGUUGAGGCGAAAGAGUUCAAGUUCAAUCCUGCUGCUUCGUUCAAUCCUGGGGCAGUGGCGAACAACAUACCCAGCAUCGAUGGAUUGUCGAGCUUCAACGUCACAGCUCCUGCGUUUAAGCCGGAUGCUGCUGCAUUCAAGCCCACAGCUCCCGCAUUCAGGCCUGUGGUGGAUGCUUCUGUGUUCAAGCCUGCUGAGCCGAGACCAAGCAUGGAAGCGCCCGAGUUCAAGCCUGCAGUUCCUGCAUUCCCUUCCAGUGGUUUCAGCUUCUCUAGUCCGCCGGCGUUCAAGCCUGAAGCUUCAGCGUUCACCCCUGGAGAGGUCUCAGCAUUUGACCCUCAGAGGCCAGCACCCGCGCCAACAAGCUUCUCUUCGAAGAUCUUUGGUGAUGUCAACAUCUCGGCCAGCGACAUCAUUAAGCCGGCCAUGCGCUCUAAAGCCGUUGCUAUCGUACGUCCUGACACUGCACGUGAGUCGUCACCGGAGACGGUCAAGGAGGUUGAGGAUCGUGAGGACGCAGAGGGACGUCCAAUGCAGGCUGAAGGUCGCGAGAAGCGUGCUCGCAAGGUCCGGAAUGAUGGCGAUGAGGUGCCCAAAUUCGCUCUCCAGCCCAUUCUUGCCUCGCAGCCGCUGGCAGAACCCGGACCGAUCUUUGACGAGGAUGCAGAUCUGCACGAGGGUCCUAUCGAGGACAAGGAGAACCGCUCACCUGACGGUCACAAGCCCAAGCCGAAGUCGAGCAGCCCAGAAAGAGUCCAGCCUGCGGUCGAGGCUAAGCAGCCAACGGAGCGGGUCGCGACUGCGCCUGUUGCAGCACCCGCUACAGCCGAACCUGUCGCUGACCCAGCCAAGAAGCACGCACACAAGAAGAGCUCACUGUCUGCUGCCGCCAAGCCUUUCGAAUUCAAGCCCCAGUAUGGCAGCGCCGGCUACGACUUUGGCUUCCACGUUACGAAACCAUCUAGGGCUGACGAUUUCGAUGACAAGCCACAGAACUCGCCACCAAGAGGGUACAGCAGGAGCCCAGCAACGACUUUCCGACCCAGCGACGACGGCUCGUUCAAGACAGCACUUGGCCAUCAUGUGCCCUACCCUGAGAGCGAGAGCGUCGACUUUGAUCCGUCUUUCAACGACAUUGAUGCUGUUAUGAAACAGAUGGAUGAAGGAGGCUCAGACUUUGGUGUUGAGCGCGACGACAACUCGUGGGAUCAAUCCUCUCCUCAACGAACUCCUCACGAGUUUGGUCGCUUCAACCUACGACCCAACGUCCACCUGCGCAGUGACGCACCCAGCCCCAGCCCUCGCAGAAUCUAUGGCAAUGCGCCAGGAUCUGCGACAUCGCUGCAGAACCCCUUCGAUGAUGAGCGCGCCGCCCUUGUGUCUACAUCUCCUGUGCACCGCCUGAAUCAUGCUGAAGACCUGCCCGUGAGCGACUGGGACGAUAUUCUCACAGAAGGAGAAGAGCAGGUCAAGAUGCGCAGUUCGUUCUUCGACAAACGUGUUGAUGACCUGAUGGGCCGUCUCUUGCAGAACCGCCUGGGCCCACUGGAGCAGACCCUGCAGAACGUUCAAGAUGCGCUCACGACGAUGUCAUCCCGCCCCUCGCGUGGUCGUCGCAGCAUGUCCACGGCUGGAUUGGACAGCGAUGCAGAUGACGAAGACGAUGACAUUGGUACUGAUGCGCACUACCGCAAUCGCUCCCCCAGAAAAGACAGGAGGUUGGAAAAGAUUCGUGCUGUUGUUCGAGACGCGCUCGAGUUGCACCAGGCACAGGCCGCUUCCAUGGUGGGAGCCGCACCCGAGCCACUGGGACCUGAGAAGAUCCGCGAAAUCCUGGCUGACGUUCUUGUGUCACACCAGCCACCGGCUGUGCCUGUCGAGCAUGUCUCUACUGAGCAGAUCCGCGCCAUCGUCGAGGAUGCGAUUGCGUCUAACAAGCCUCCAGUACCAGAGACGGUCGUGGAGCCCCUCAGACCGGAAGACAUUAAAUCCAUGCUCACCGAGACAUUUGCGCUCUAUGGCCCUCAGCCUACUGAACCCAUCAAACCAGAUGACGUUCGCUCGAUCGUAAUGGAGGCAUUCGCAAUGCACGCUCCUCCGCCAGCUCCCGCUGCGGAACCCCUUUCGCCAGAGGCCAUCCGCUCGAUCAUCGCAGAAACUCUUACAACGCACCAAGUUCCAGGCCCUGUCCCAUCGAUCGUCGAGCCUAUGCAGCCUGAUACGAUUCGUGCAAUCGUCAACGAAGCCCUGGCGUCUCAGAAGUCAAGCGCAUUGGAAGCGCCCAUCGACAUUCCUCAGCCUCAAUUCGACAUCUCUGAGAUGUACCAGGUCAUUGGUAGUCUGAAGGCAUCCAUUGCGCAGACCACGAGUAAUCACCUGCAGGCUGAUGAUGUCCGCGAGCUGGUCGACGAUGCUUUCAAGCGCCAGAGCAGGGAGAUUGCCAAACGUGAUGAGUCUGAAGCUAUCCUCAAGCGAGAUGCACGUAUUGCUGAACUUGAGAGCAUGGUGGAGGAUAGCACUCUUCGCCACGAGGCAGAGGAAGAGGCACGCAAGGCCCUUGAAGAUCGCGAGUCUGACACAGCACGCCUGCUCAAGGUUACUGAGGAGGAGCUCACGCUACUCCAAGCGGCUGCUAAGGACGACGAAAGCAGGAUUCGCGCCUUGACGGAGGAACGCGAUGUUCUGCGCCGCAACCUGAACUAUCAGAUCGAAGCUGACGAUCUCCGCGAAAAGCUCGCAGUUGCUGACGCCAAGAAUGAAGAGCUCAAGAUGAAAAACAUAGCCCUAGAAACCUCCGAGGAGGACUUGAAGCAGAAGCUCGACGCUGUCACUGCAGAGAAUGAGGCACUUACAUUCACCCUGGAAGAGCACCGCAAAUCAGCCAACAAGUGGCGUGGCGACAUUCAGGAAGCCCACCAGGAAAACGAGAAGUUGCGUGCAGCUAUCGACCAAGCUCGCUAUCAAGCUGAAGAGGCAGCUCGCAUUCGUGAAUCGAUGCGUGGCAAGUUCGAGAAGCUGCAGCAAGACAUGGUCUUUGCUUCCCAGCAGAUUGCUGCCGAACGCUCUCAGUGGCAGAAGAACGAACAGGCGUCUCUCGAGAAGUAUGAAGUCCUCAGCGCACGCAUCGAAGCCGAGGGACGAACACGUGAACGUCUUGAGAGAGAGCUUGAAAGGCUCGAGAUGCAAGAAGGCGAGGGCAUGAAGCUACGGAUCCACUUCGAGCAGUCUCAGAAGCACAACGCCAGGCUUGAGGAGACGAUUGAGCAGUUGAGAAGAGAGUCCAUCGAGCACCAGAACAACGCUCACAGAUACGAGCGAGACAUGCGCGAAGCUAGAGAAGCGGCCCACGUCGAGAUUCGACGUACCCGUGUACUCAUGGAGGCCGAUCUUGACGCAGCCAACAAUCAGGUCAACGUCGUCCGCCACAACCUCGAAAGUGAAGUCGCUCGUGUCCGUGCUGAGCUCGACAGCGUACGCAUGGAAGCAGAAACUGCCAGGGAAAAGCAUGAGCUCGAGCUUGAGGCCGCAUCCGAUGCUACGAAGCAGGCGGUUGAAGAGGCGCUUCAGAAGAGCAAGCGAACCCUUCACGAACAACAGCAGGCCUUUGAGCGCGGCUUUGAUCGUCUCAAGCAGGAGCACGCUCGUGCUCUCGAGUUCGCGCGGGAAGACAAGGAGCGAAACGACGCUUUCCAUAACGACAAGCUUGCAUUGGCAGACUCCAAGCUCGACCAUUUCAAGGACAAGAUCGCACUGCUCGAGGAAAAGCUUGUUGUUGCCAAAGAAGCUGCCAGUGCCGCUGCUGCUGCUGCUGCUGCUGCUGCUGCUGCCGCCGCUGCGAAGUCGCCCACAGCUUCUGAUCCGUCCACUCUAGGUAGCCACGAGAAGAUAUCCCCUCAAGCGCUCCGCGAGUCGAUCUCCGUCCUGCAAGAGCAGCUCCAGGAGCGUGAGUCGCGUAUCGAGUCUCUUGAGCAGAAGCUCUCCGAGGUCGACACUGAGGCUCCUGCUAAGCUGAAGGAGCGUGACACCGAAAUUACUUGGCUACGUGAGCUUCUUGGCGUACGUGUUGACGACAUCAACGAUCUUAUCAACGCUCUCGCCCAGCCGACUUUCGAUCGGGAGACAGUUCGUGAUGCGGCGAUCCGCAUCCGUACAAACCUGCAGAUGGAGCAGUCGGAGAAAGAACGCUUGAUCUCUGGUGGCCAAAAUACCUUCCCAACACUCGCCUCCCUGUCCAAUUUCGCCUCACCCAAGGCCGUCCAAGUCGCCGCCGCCUUCGGCAACUGGCGCAAAGGUCGUCAGAACGCUGCUUCCGCCCUCGCAGGCGCUUCCGCCAGCACGUCGCGCAACCAAACCCCCUCCCGCCCCACUCCUCACUCCGCCCAGUCAUUCCUCUCCGGUCUGAUGACACCCCCAACAUCCAACAUGCGUCGCACACCGGACUUCUCAUCGUCUUCCAAGCCCAAAGAUCUGCGCUCAAACUCGACCAGCUCACGCGGCUCAAAUGGAACAGAGCAGGGCUUCCCGGCGCUCGGCAAGCAGCCCGCUGCGCCCCGUACACCGCCGCUGCUGCGCAAGACGAGCUACGAUCACGAUGCGGCGGUCGAGGAGUUCAGCGACAAUGGCCUCGAUGAUGACAGCGCGGUUGAUGGAGGUGAAAUGACGCCUAUUGCGCUGAAUUUUGGGCAGGAACUGAGAUCACGACGGGACCGUGACUAAACGGUCUGUCAAUACCAUCUUACACAAAAUAGUUUUCCUUUGUACUCGCAUUGUUUUGGCUCGAAACGAGCAUCCUUUCGCUACUAGUUCUUGUACCUAAUACUUGCUUGUUUCUGUAUGUUCUGUUUCCUAGUUUCCGGUUUUUUUGGUUUAGAGCAAGCAUAGCCUGCGGACAUGGUUUGGUUGGAUAUACCCCAAGGCCACUGAGACUAUAUUUUAUUGGCAUCUAAAUUGUAUACUUGUGUACAUACCCCCAGAUCACAUUUGUUGGUUUGUUGAGGGAGAUUAGAAGAUGGGGAGUACCGCGAGGAUGUAUUAG